AUGCUGCUCGUUCAGAAACCUCCAACGUUCAACCUUGCACAGACCGUAUCAUAUUCCCAUAGGAGGCAUCCCUCGGCUCCACCUGCCGUCGUUGUCCAACCUACCCGAACACCCGGCCUUCUCUCCCUCUCCAAACCAUUGAGGCCGUCGCCUCAGCGUCCGUUGCCGUCCCAGCAGCGGCCUACAAAGCCAACGCCCAAAUCAAAGCCUGCACCGGUUGCCCGUGCGCCGUUGUUGAGCUCGGCUGAGAUUACGGAGAAGAAGGCGCCUGCGUCCGUUGCCUCACCUUCACCACGGGGCAGAUUACAGGCAAAGACCACGCAGAGCCCUAGAAGUGCCUCUCACUCCGGUGUUCGAGGCAAGCCCGGUCGCCAGCCCUCUCCCCCCAUCUCCCAGAAUCAAUUAUUAUCCUCGCAGGCAGAGGCAGCCGUAAUUUCUUCAUCAACAAAUCUCUUCGAUCCCUUUCUCGAUGAUUCUUCACACUCUUCUGCUCUUCAAACUCCCACUUCUUCUCCCACUCUGGCUCCUCGUCCCUCCGGAAAGCUCGCAAGAAGAAGGCAGCAGCAGCCUCAAUUCGCUACCCCUUCUCCCUCUCCUGUCUUGUCAAAGGCGAUCCCCGUCCCAAAAUCAAAACGCACCGGCCCAUCUACCCUUUCCCGCUCUGAACCUGUCCCGUCGCAUAUGCCACAACGACCCACUGUCCGUCGAUCCUCUUCAGCCUGGGAUUUCCCAAUUUGUGACGAUAUGACAGAGGUAGGCGAUUUUGACCAAGACAACACCACUCUUUCGCCACCUGUCACUCCCGUCCGCAAACAAUAUCAGGUGCCACAUACCGCUCCCAUCUCUCGUCGGUCCCCUGGAGAGUUUUCAUUCAACGGCAUCAACAACUAUCCGUCGCCUGUGUCACCCAAGCGGGGCGGUAGGAAGCAUCGUAGGGCCCCGAGCGAGGGCAUAUUCAAUAUGUCCUCUGAUGAGGAUGUGUCCACCGGACCAGGUGGCACCAUCUUGAACCCGAACGUCCAAGCUUUGUUCGGGCUUACACGCACCCCAGCACCGGAGACUUCGUCUCCCCUUGUAACGCCAACGCUGUCCCGCGCUGUUCCCUCUACGCAUUUCAGGGAAUCCUCAUCAUCUCCACCGGCAUUCCCGCUCUCGAGGGAAAAACAACUAGAAAGAGAGGCAGCUGAAAAAGCCGCAGGGUAUUUCGCAAGUUCCAUGUUCCAGAACUCGCCAAGUCCGGAGGAACUGCCGGACCCUCUUUUCGUUUGAAGAAUUUUAUUUCGCGAUUAAUUAGAGAGAAGUUUAGAGCUGUUGAAGUUAAUUUUUUUAGAUGUAUUUCUUGUCACUUGUCUCUGCACGCCGUCAUUCUUUUGCCCGCCCGUUCAUUGGCACGACCCAUCCACGCCGACCCUCACCUCCCUACUUGUACCCACUCAUCCAUUAUAUUUCACUGCAUCGAAGCACACCCACCAAGCAUCAAUGUAUCAAUACUAUUCAUCAUCACACGCUUUGAUCAAUAUCGUUAUUCCUU